GCGCGCGCCUUCCGAAGGCGGCGGGAGGCUGCCCUGAGGGGCCGGGCCGGCGAGACCGCCUUGUACCGCUCCUGGAGUGGGCUGAGCCCAAUAGCCUGAAGGAACAAAGGAUAGCUUGAGCAGUGUUCACUGAACAGCGAAAUGUCCACAAAGAAGAAAAUAAAGAAGAAUGGUACCAGCUAUAAGCCAGAGGAGCACAAAGCCAACUCCAAUCUUCGCGUGAAAUCUCUUCCACUUGAGGAACCAGAUGUCUCAAGGAUAUUGAAGGUAGCAGACACAAACCAACUUGAUGAGCUUGAUGAUUCCUUUGAUCACCCUUUGCACAGUACUGCUGUGGAUGCUUAUGGAGAGGAACAGUCACAAAACCAGGCACUCGGUCAUGUUUCAGCAGCACAAAGGCAAAACACAGGCACACGUAAAAAACGGCGUCACUCAAAGCCCUGCAGUGGUGAUGCUCAGGAAUCCAACACAGCUGAUGCUGGAGAGGAGCCCCUUAAGGAGACUGUGAAAACUCUGAAUACCAAAUUCCAGGAAGAAAAGGAGCAGCCUUCAGAGGAGAACACAUCAGAUCCUUCUGUGGAUAACCCACAUUCUGUACAGGUUUGGUGUCCCAAAGAGCUGAAGAGAUCUCCUAGAGAUAUUACAGAACUGGAUGUUGUUCUGGCUGAAGUUGAGAAGAUAGCAGCAAAUUACAGACAAAGCAUAGAAUCAAACAUUUGCAGAAAGGCUAUCAGUGACUUUUCUUCUGCUUUCAAGGAUCAAAUCACUGAUUUUAUAGCAGGAGUCCAGGAAUUAAAGAAUAUGAAGAAGAAAAAUGCUAAGGCAAUAACCAACAUCAAAAAGAAAAGGCAGCAACUGGUGCAAGUCAGAGAAGAGCUGAUUGGAGCUGAACCGCAACUGACGCAACUACAAAGAGAAUUUGCUGAGUUACAGGAAAGGAAAUCUUCCUUGAGGCAAACAAUUGAAUUAAUUACUGAUUUAAAGGAGCUACAGCAAGACUGUUUGGAUUAUAGAGAAGAAAACCCCCAAAAAAAAGUGGUAUAUGGAACUUCCAGCCUCCCUGCUCUUCUGGUGGAGUCUCGGAGAAUUCUAGGAGCAGAAGGGCACUUUAAGAGUAUCAAUAUGAAACUUGAAGAGGCUCUGGCUGCACAAAAAGAGCAGAAAUCAAAGAAAAAUUAAAUAGCCUUUUAAGACUUUCAGACAUUCAGUAGGAACAGUUAUUAGAAUUGUCAGUGCUUAAAGCUUGUUUAAUCAUUGUUAUUCUAUUUUGUUUCAGUGUUUAAAAGAAGUCAGCAACUUUUUAUUGUCAAAUAGUCUCACAAUAUCAAUGAAAGGAAAUAGUGAUCACAGUUAAUAAAACACUUCUGUACUCUGAACAAUGUUGGGUGUUAGUCUUUUCCUAUUAAAGUAGUCUUUAGAAGACUAUAUUCAUAAAGAGAACACAGACUCUGGUUCAACAAAGAUGAAUAAACAAAUAUUUUUAUUAAA